AUGAACACACCUCAAACCUCGAUAAACGGACCUGGUCGACCAACAGAUCUCGAACCAGCUCGAGAAUGGAUAGCAGAACGCGAAAUUCAGUUUGGAGGUGGACUUGUCUAUAACAAACAGGGAAAGCUACUUCGCGAGCCCAAUCUCAACGGAGAAGAGUGGGUUGGAUCUCCAACACCGGAAAUGGACGCAUUAUGGGAUCAUAUUGAGGCAGGCUCAAUAAUCUUGCUUGCGGACUCUGAAGCCGAUAUGGUGCGGGAUAAAACAACGCUUCUUGAUGGUUAUUGGGUCACUGGGCUAGAUGUGAUACAUCAGGUUCAUUGCCUGUCAAAUGAAACCGAGAAGCUACAUGUCGAACAUUGUCUGGAUUACGUUCGACAGGCUGUAAUGUGCAAUGCGGACAUAUCUCCCGUGACGCAUACUUGGUAUGAAAGUGCGCGAACGUUCGGUCCUGACUUUCGAACUAAGCAUACAUGUCGGAACUUUGAAGCUCUACUGCAGUGGUCCUUGGACAGGUCUACUGAAGUUGCAAAGGUCAAAGGCACUGGGCCUGAAACUGCUCAAAACCCCGAUGUUGUGGUGCCCGGGACAUUGCAGGGCCAAAAUCACAAAGAUCAUGGAGAACAUGCUGGACAUUGA